AUGAGAAUCCAUGUAUUGGUCCUCGCUGCGCGGACGCAAAACUGCAGCAGCAACAGCAGCAGCAACAGCAGCAGCAACAGCAGCAGCAGCAGCGGGAGGAGCAGCAGCGGGAGGAGCAGCAGCAGUGGGAGCGGUAGCAGCAGCAAAAGGAAACGCGGACGCAAAACUGCAGCAGCAACAGCAGCAACAGCAGCAGCAGCAGCAGCAGCAGCAGCAGCGGGAGGAGCAGCAGCGGGAGGAGCAGCAGCGGGAGGAGCAGCAGCAGUGGGAGCGGUAGCAGCAGCAAAAGGAAGAGCGGCAGCAGCAGCAGCAGGAACGGAAGCAGCAAUAGGAGCGGAAACAGCAACAGCAACAGCAGCAGCAGCAGCAGCAGCAGCAGCAACAGCAGCAGCAGCAGCAGAUGAGAAAGAAUAG